AUGGCACGGUAUCAGUCGGUCGGAAUGUUUACUCAAGCUUUGUCGCUGGUGGCAUUUUCAGCUAUCACAGUCUCCGGGAGGUUUGUAUCCACUGGGGCUUCGGUUCAGCUCAACGACGUCCACUACUUCAUCCCUCCAUUCUCACAGGGGCAGAUAUACGACCCCCUUGAAUUGAGGAAGUACUCGAAUGCCAGUACAUUUGUACCUGUGAGCAUUGUUGCUCAGCCAUGUACGGAAGACGAGUUGCACGAUCUUUUCGCCAACUGGACCUCUCAGGACGAUGUGUGGCAACCGGGCUUCCUCGAAACGGUAUUUCUUGCUACUUCUGAUGAUUCAGGUAGCCCCAUGCAGAAAAUCUACUUGGGAGACACUGCAUCCACUGUUCUGCGGUUGCAAGAACCUAGCACUCCCUCGGGUCCAUACUUUCUUGCGCCGUGGACGGGGGAAAUUUAUCAGGCAUACCGCCUGUAUGAAGACUUUGCGGGUGCAUUUACCCAAUCUCUCCUCCAGGGGCCCGACAAAACUUUCCAAACGCUUUCAGCCCAGGUCCCUUCGUCAGGUUCUCUGACUAUUGGCGUUCCGUCUAGACUAUACUUCACACCAAGCAAAAAACAGCCGUUGGCAGGGAUUCGGAUAGGAGUCAAGGACAUCUACGCCUUGGCUGGCACUAAAAGAUCCAAUGGAAAUCGAGCUUGGUACAGCCUUUACCCACCUGCCAAUGAGACAGGCACAGCGAUGCAGAAUCUUCUCGAUGCCGGUGCAGUUAUAGUGGGCUUGCAGAAGCCGUCGCAGUUUGCCAAUGGCGAGACGGCAACAGCGGACUGGGUGGACUUUCAUGCGCCAUUCAAUCCCCGGGGCGAUGGCUACCAAGAUCCUUCUUCGUCAUCUGCCGGUGCGGGUGCAUCGGUCGCCUCUUAUGAGUGGUUGGACCUUGCCGUCGGGAGCGACACGGGUGGUUCUAUCCGUGGCCCUGCUGGAGCUCAAGGUCUCUUUGGCAACCGCCCGACCCAUGGCCUUGUGAGCCUUGACAAUGUCAUGCCCCUUAGUCCGAGACUGGAUACGGCAGGGUUCUUGACUCGGGAUCCAAAACUUUGGGAUACUGCUAAUGCCGCGUUGUACGCGAGCAACUACACCUCCUUUGCAGACAAGAGUCCGAAAUAUCCCCAGAAACUGUACCUGCUGGACUUUCCGACGACGAACGAUUCUACUGCACGGAUGAGACGGAAAUUUGCAUCUGAUUUGGCGUCUUUCCUGAACACAACCACUUCAACCUUGGAAUUGGAAAAGGAAUGGGCCGCGUCGGGACCUGCAUCGUUGAGAGCACACAACAUUUCCGAGGUCCUGAAUCUCACGUACACUACGCUCAUUACUAAACAACAAACGAAACUCCUCCGCGAUCCGUUCUACGAAGACUAUUCAGCCGUUCACGACGGUCGCCGCCCAUUCAUUGACCCCAUCCCUCUUACCCGCUGGGGCUGGGCAGACACGCAGCCUGAUUCUAUUCUCGAUGACGCGAUAGCAAACAAGACUCGUUUCAUGAACUGGUUCAACGAGAAAAUCCUGCCGCCGGUCGAUGAUCCCCUGACCUGUUCGUCUGGUUUUCUGUUGCACACCGUCAGCACCGGGUAUGCUCAUAGCCGGAACGAAUAUUUGAGCCCGUCUGGACCGCCAUUUGGGUUUUCAAACAGUGCCAUUUCCGGGAUGACAGAAAAUCCUGACAGUGUCUUUCCCCUCGGCCAGGUCUCGUCUUUUAGUCCCAUCACAAACCAUACCGAGCUUCUCCCAGUCACCGUUGAUGUCAUUGCCGCGAGGGGGUGUGAUGGAUUAAUUGCCAAAUUGGCGCGUGAUCUAGUCGAUGCUGGGAUCUUGGUGGCUCCGCGGACAGGUUCGGGGCUUAACGGCGGGACGAUUCUACUACGGAGAGAUGAAGAGGAGUGA